AUGGACUUCAGUUAUUUUACUAUUGAUGUAUUAUCAAGUGAUGAAGCUGAAAUUGAGAAGGUAAGGUUUGCUUCUAAAUUUACACAUCUUUUAUCAUUUCAGAUGUAAUAAAUACAGUGUCAGUGUAGCGAUUUAUUUUUUCACUGACACUGGCAUGCGAAGUCUGAUCAGUGUGAUUUUAUGUAUAAAAUUAUUUAUCUUUCAUGUUGUUGUUGGAGGGAAAUAUGUAAAAGUUAGCACAAUUUACACUUCACAGUUUUUAUUUACCAUAUUAUUUUUACCACAUAUCAAUUUAGGCUUUUCCCAUCGCAUUUUGUGACGAAAAAAACGUCGAAGUUCGAACUGGAAAAUCUUCAAGUGAAACCACUGAAUGUAGUCUCGAAACUUUAACUGCCGACCAGAAAAUUGCCACCACAGAUGCUCAAAAAAAUUCUAAGAAAAAACAAAGAGCCAAAAAGCCGAAGGGUAAACCAAAGAAAGUUAGAAAAUCGAGAAAAAAAAGGUCAUCCUGGCAGAUAUAUGUGAUUUGGCGAAGGAUGCUUUACUUCAGAUGAAGAAAAAUGAAAUGUUGAAUGCUCUCUACAGGCAUCAUAUAAGUCGUUUGUUGGAAAACCUUUACCUGCUUUUCCGUCAGAUGAUUUGAAGGAAAGACUCGAAAAAACAUGUACGAAGUUUUCUUCACGUUUUAUAACUACUGCAAGAGAAGCAAUGUGGGAGGAAUUCAACAAGAUAUGGACCGAUGAGAACAUUACGAAGUCAAUAAUUGAUGCUCUUGGUAUUACAUCUGACUUCUGUUCAUGGUUUCUGUUUUAUCUACAACAGGCUGUAGCAAAAACGUAUCUACACUGUGAUUCUACUGCUCUGGUAAAUGAUUUGGAUUUGUCAGAUGCUGAACAGGAAUCUGUUGCAUACAUUGCUGGUGCGGUAUUAAAAAAUGUAGGUUCCAAACUGUGCAAGUUAAAGAGGAAAAUUGCAAGUAAUGGUCAAGAUGUUGCUACAGUGGAUAAAGACAUUACAAUACUUAAUGCCUGCAAGGAAACAAGGUCAGAUGGGUUGGGUAGCACCAGUACCUCCACCAAACUGAUUGAAGCUUUAAGUCGAGGAGGUCUUAUUUACCCUAAGGCAUCAAUUAUUAAUAUGUUCUUAGUUAUUGAGGGUAUUUUUAGGCAAAAAAUUAAUUCUAGUUCAAAACAAAUUUGUACAGAUUCUUUACUAUCUGAGUCACUGGGGAAUGUAUCAGUUCAAAAUAAUUUUCUUGAUGCAACUGCACAUGAAAUUGUUGAACAUGAACAAAAAUUUAAAAUGCUUGAAAAGUUUGUAAAUUUUUACCUCAAAGUUAGAUGUUAUGCCCAUGCAAAGUAUGUUAUUGAAAACUAUAGAGUAGACACCAAAACCGAACGUAAGAAAAAAGCACUAAGGAAAAAGUUAAAGCUUUCUGAAGAAGGAAAUUAA